AUGUCCGCAAAGAUGGAUUCUCUCAAGAGCAUCAAGGUCGCCCAAUGGGAGCAGCAGCGACAAGAUGGUGUCUUUGACGAGGACCAGUACAUGUCCCUCGCGGCCUCAACCGCCUGUGUGAAUGGCAAGGCUGGCGAGUACUCCUGCGACAAGGUCGACAUGAUGGCUUUCCUAAGCCAUCAAGACAUGGGGAGCCGUACUCGGAUGGGUAACGAUGUCUGGGGAUGGACGUCGGCUACUGGUCGAGAGUUUGCCAUUGUUGGUCAGAACGACGGCACUGCCUUUGCGGAAAUCAAGUCGGAUGGUAGCCUUGUAUACCUCGGCCGACUUCCGACCCAGACUUCCAACUCUGACUGGCGAGACAUGAAGGUCAUCGCUGAUCAUGUUUACAUCGGGUCUGAAGCUAGCGGCCACGGUGUACAGAUCUUUGAUCUGAAGAAGCUGCUGAGCCUCAGCGCCAGCAGCCCUCGCACCUUCAGUAUAAGCACUGAUCUCACGGCCUGGUUCCGUGGCGUGGGCAACUCGCAUAACAUUGUUGCCAACGAGGACACCAACAUGAUCUACGCUGUUGGUACCGGCUCCAGCGCCGGCUGCCGAGGCGGUCUCUUUAUGAUUGACGUGUCGGACCCAGCCAACCCCAAGAAGGUCGGCUGUGAGUCUUCUGACGGAUAUGUCCAUGAUGCCCAGUGUGUCAUCUAUGAGGGUGUCGAUACAAGAUACACUGGACACGAGAUCUGCUUCAACUACAACGAAGACUCGUUGACAAUUGUCGACGUCACGGACAAGGCUAAGCCGGUCCAAUUGUCCCGUGCUGGCUAUGAGUGGUCCGCCUACACGCAUCAGGGUUGGCUCGCAACCUCAGACAUGCGAUACCUACUGCUCGACGACGAGCUUGACGAGAUGGACGGCACCACGCCCAACAAGAGGACCAAGACGUACAUCUGGGACGUUGCCGACCUUAAGGCUCCCAAGAUGACCGGCGUGUACUCGGCGCCGGUUACUACGAUCGACCACAACAUGUAUGUCAUUGACGGAUUAGCCUACCAAUCCAACUAUGCUUCCGGUUUGCGCAUUGUGGAUGUCAGCUCUGUUGCCGAAGACCCCACCGGUUCUCAGUUCACACAGGCAGGUUUCUUUGACUGCGAUCCCUCUGACGACAACACCACUGGUUCAGUCACAUUCCGCGGCUCAUGGAGCGUGUAUCCAUACUUUAAGUCUGGGUAUAUUAUUCUCAACAGUAUUGAGCGUGGCUUAUUCUCUCUUAAGUACACUGGAGCAAAGCCUUGA